AUGCUCAUCUGCCUUCCCCACGGAUGCUCAUCUGCCUUCUCUCCGGCAGCUCUCCUGGUCUACCGGGUCUUCAGGCACGAAGCCAAGCGUUCCACCACGGUGCUGCACGAAGCGCUNNGCGGUAACGGGCUCCUCUCCGCAGGCAUCGUCGCCGUCUUUGAGUCCCACCGGACGAAAGGCAUCCCUGACAUGUACAGCCUGCACAGCUGGUGUGGGAUGGCCGCCUUCGUGCUUUACCUCCUGCAGUGGCUCCUGGGCUGCGGUUUCUUCCUGCUCCCCGGUGCCUCCUCCUCGCUGCGUGGGCGGUACAAACCCCAGCACGUGUUCUUCGGCAUCGCCCUCUUUGCCCUCUCCAUUGCCGCCUGCUUGCUGGGUAUCACCGAGAUGCUCCUCUUCAACAUCAAGGAUUCCUACAGGCACUUUGUGCCCGAGGGUGUCUUGGCCAACACCCUGGGGGUGCUGCUGUUGGCCUUUGGGCUGGUGGUGGGCUACGUGCUGACACGGGACGACUGGAAGCGCCCGCCGUUUUUCUUGGCCAGGGAUUACAAUACCCUGGCAGAGGGUGAGCCCCCCGAUGGCGGCAGCCAGUGA